CUUCUCCUCCUCCCUUCCCAGUCUUGUGAUCGGGUUGACAACAAUGGAGCAAGAGCUUUAUUAUCUGAUCGCCAAAUUCCUCAAUGCUGGACCAUGCAAGGAAGCGGCCUAUGCUUUGGAAAAAGAACUCAAUGACCAUCGCCAAUUGCUUCCUCACAGCAUGUCCUACGAAGGAACAGAGGUGCCCAUGUCCUUGGAUCGUCUGUCCAACGAUUUUCCAGACGUAAACGGAACUUAUCUAUUAGACUUGUUGGGCAAGUUCCUGGCCCAUUUCAGAGACACCGGCGACCCCAAAGUGCUACGUGUCAGUGCUUUGCGACAUGGCGAUCAGUCUCUAUUAACGAUGCUUUCGGCAUUUGUCCCUCACGAAGAAUAUGCACGCUCCAAUUACCUCACCAUGAGUAAACGAGAAUUGUCCAAGUUGUCCGUUCAUCGUAUGCUCAUUGCUCGGGAAUUGGGAGCCAAAAUCAUGCGCACAGGUCCAUCGCCGACCUUUUUAUCCACCUGUUACAAAGAGCGCGUUACAAUCUCGGGACAUCGAAAUCCGGUUUUUUGCUUAGCUUUUGACAGAACCAGUCGACGAUUAUUUACAGGAAGUGAUGAUUUUCUGGUCAAAGUAUGGUGUGUGCGCACCGGCUACCUUAUCUAUACAAUACGAGGGCAUCAAAGCGUCAUCACAGACAUUGCUAUCAAUCAAGAGAAUACGUUGAUUGCCACCGCAUCUUCAGACGGAUAUGUACGCGUAUGGACAAUGGAUGGUUAUAAGCCUGUGGUUAGUCUGCGAUCCAAUACAGCCACGACCAAACCAUUUACGACUGUUAAUUUUUCGCCGUCACCGAGACCCGAGACGCGUUAUUUGAUGGCGACCAAUGAAGAUGGUCUUGUACGACUUUGGAAAUGGGAUCGAGACACACUUCAAUUUUUUGACGCCGACUCGCCCAUCACAUUUAGCUGUAAAUUCAGGGCACGCGAUCGAUUACGAUGUUCGUCAUUCAACUACACAGGAACCAAGUUUGCCGUAGCCGGUGAUGAUGGCUUUGUAUAUGUCUUUUCAACCAUCAAAAUGGAUACCGAGGAUGGCCAUGUCAUCACCGAUGCUAAUAGUUCACAAGAUCGUGAUGCUCGCGCAAGAGUGGGCCGUGGCCGUCGACGGGUGGCAAGUGCCUUGUUUCCAGACAAAAGCGGCCAAGUUCAGGCUCAACCGGUGAUUCCGAUUGGAAAUCUGGAAGGUCAUAUGGGAAGUGUAACAGAUUUGGCUUACAGUCAUGACGGACACCGGAUAUUAAGCGGGUGUCAGGACGGAACGGCGCGAAUCUGGUCCUAUGAUAAGGAGAAACGCAAAUGGAAUUCAAUCGUCUUGGAUAUCAAAGAACCAUCCAAUGUCUGUGUCGUUACGCCUUCAAGCAACAAUCCACCGUCUUCAGCACAUGAAACAGUCGACCGUAACACCGGUGCCAUGGAAGCCUCAGAAGCUACCGAGUUUGGCACACUUAUACCAUUUUACGAAAGCACAGCAAACGAUCAAUCAUCCCACGUGUCAGCAACACAGCCGGUUUCCUCCAAUAUAAACGCACCUGUUCCAGCUACUCAACUGCCCUCCACCGAUCCAACUCAAACACAGACUGCCGCGCCUGAUGCCGCAGCGCAAAUCGACACGCCCAAAGUAUCUAUGAUUGCUUGGACGGCCGAUGACCGAUUGUGUGUUGUUGCUACCACCCACGGUGACAUUCGGGUAUACUACGCAUGCAAUGGCGAACCAGCAGCGACCCUCAAGGGACAUGAAGGCGAAACGUACGCUCUCGACAGUCAUCCCCAUGACCCCAACACCAUUCUCUCCGCAGGUUAUGAUGGCAAUGUCAUUCUGUGGGAUCUUCACCGUAACAAGGUGAUCACCUGCCGGCAUCAUUCUGGCCGCAUUUUCUUGGAUUGUAAAUUCUCCAAGGAUGGUAUGAAAUAUGCGAUUACGGACGAAGAUGGAAAUUGCACCCUAUUCAGCAUCGGGGGCCUCGACAAGGAUUACGAUAAAGUAAGGAGUUGGACCAGAGGCCAGCAUUUUUACACCGAUUACAUGCCGCUUCGAUUUUCGCCGGAUGGAUCCUUUGUGGAUGAACAAACUCUGCAACCACCACACACUUUGCCAUGUUCAGCCAUCAUUGAUUGGCGAGGUGUCGAGUAUCCUAAUCAACGAAAAUUGGGUUACGGUCGAAAUAUACCGGUGCAUCCUGAUACUUUGGAGAUUGAAGAUCUGCGACGUUUGGCAUGCUAUGAGAUGGAAGAAGAGGAGAUUAAAUCGGGACGAAUGACCGUUGUUAUGCCUGCGAUCGAUCGAGCUCAUGUGGCGAAGCGGCGACGAGAAUUUGUUCGAAACGAUGACGAAGAUGAAACGGAUGCAAAUGUUAGUUCCGUUCCUCAAUUUCUUCCGCCUCCUCUUCAGCCGUUCCUACUCCCCGACGAUUCCAACGACGAGGACUACCAUGACGAAGCAGAUGAGGAAGCGUACAAUAGCGAAGAUGAGAAUAGCAGUGCCGAAGGCGGUUCCGAUGAGUUUAUUGCUCGUGAUGAAGUGAGUGAGAAUUUUGAAGAUGAUGAGGAAGAAGGGCCAGUGACGCGAAGUCGAGCGGGACAAAUCCGUCGUCGAUCUACGAGUCCUGAUGAAUCCGCUCCAUUGAGAGGAACAGGCAUGCAACGACGAGGCCGUAGCAGUCGUGCACCAACGCGGGGCCGCGGACGUGGGCGAGGUGGAAGUAGUAGUGUGUCAACACGGGCGACACGAGCGACACGUAAGCGUACGCGUGAAACACGUGCGGAUCGAAGUGAAGACGACGAAGAGCCUGUACGGCCCAGACGACGUCGACGCACCGUCCGUAUGUCCUACCUUGAAAGCGAUUUAGACGAUGAAGAAGAGGAUGCAGAAGAGGCAUCGGAAUCCGAGCUCAUUGACGUCAUGGACGACGAUGAAAAUGAAGAGGAACCAGACGAUGAUCAACAGAGUGACUAUUCCGAGCCGGGUCCUUCCACCGUAGCUCCUCGCCGAGUGACCACACGUCGUACCGCGGCGGAACCAGAGACUACACCGCAGGUACCGGAUCGAAAAGGCAAGCGACGAUUACGUUCAGAUGUACCUGACCCUGAUGAUGAUGAUUUCAUGGCCUCGAUUGCGUCGUCGUCAUCCUCUUCUGCUGCGGUACGGUCCUCUACCACCCGCGGUGGCAAACCUGGCAAAGCCAAGUCAACCCGUAUUGCCCGUCCGGCCAAUCGUGAAUUACGGGGCAAGUUGCGUAACCUGACUGUGGCUGAAAUCAAACAACAUGAACCGACGGAAUGGAUCAAAUGCACCACGCAGUCAUUGUCAAAGUAUCUACCGCAAAUGGGCGAUCGUAUUGCAAUCAUGACCGAGGGGCAUGCCCAGUACUGGGAAACAUCGGAAAUGACGGCGUAUUUUGAUGAGAAGCAUGGUGUGUUGAAUAGCAACGAACCUGUUGUGUUUGGUACAGUGACAGGGAUCAGUUGGCAAGUGGGGCCACCUGCUUUUUGCCGUUUAAAGGUCUAUUUGCAGGAAUUGGUCAAUGUACGACAGGCACUUUUGGAACAUGCAGAACCUAUCUGGGCACCACGCGGGCGUGAUGUGACGAUUGAUUACAGUGACGAGGACGGAUGUCCUGAAUUUAUUGUACUAUGGGAACGGUUCUUGGUGUCCAUGGAAAUAUUCAAGACGCUGCAGGUUGGACAAAAGGUCGAUGUUAUUUACGACGAAGGAAGAUAUUCCGGCACCGUCUCCACGCGGUGCUCCACUGGCAUGGAUUGGCGUCGAGCGAAAAUGCCCAGCCCAUGGGCUUAUUAUCAUGUCAUUUGGGAUGAUAAUGAAUCGUCUCCGGAAGACCUAAGUCCGUGGGAAAUUGUACCAAGUGGCGAAGAUUUCCGACAACGCUACGAUGUUGGUCCUCGUCUCAGUCGUGCGGAUACACAGCGCGCAAAGGAUAUCAUUACGUGGCUGUCCAACUCGGACGAAUUCCAGCUUUAUGUCCACCAAGUCAACUAUUACGACUAUCCAAAUUAUCUAUCACAAAUCGCUUAUCCCAUUUGCCUUGAUAUGGUCUAUGAGCGGCUCAACACAGGCUUUUAUCGUCAUCGUGAGGCGGUCAUUGAUGAUAUUGAGCUGAUUCGAAAGAAUGCACAAAAAUAUAACCACGAAACAUCUCUAGCCAACAAGAACGCUGCACGUAUGGCCAACUUUUUCAAAUCACGGUUCCUGAAUCCGCGGAUGCCGUUGUCGUGGUCGAAAGGAGGACGCAAAAGGAUUCAAAUUCAGGAAUCCGAUGACGAAUAUCAGGAAGAGGAAGAAGUAGCAGAAGAAUCCGAGGAAAGCGCUCAUGAAAAGGAACACGUACGCUUGGACGAUGCUGAUGAAGAUGACUUUAUUGAUGACGACGACGAAGAUGAUGAAGAUUACUAUUAAAUCUCCUAAUAUUUUGGAUGCACGUUGAUACAUCCACACUAGCUCUUUCUCCUUUUUUUUAUUUCUCUUCUACCGUUUCCGAUGUACAGAUCGAUUUUAUGUAUGUAAUUUAUACACUUGCUUUAGAGCGUUUUCAAUAUCAGUAUACUAUUGUUGUUCUUUUUUUCUUUUCUAUUCUUUCCAUAACCCUCUUCAAUAAUAUCUUUCGAUUUUUGCAUAAAGAAUAUCUGCAAAAGAUAAUUUG